AUAUUUUAACUAAUGUCUGUACAUAUGAGAUUCAUACAACAUACAGACUUUAAGAGACGGCUUUCUGAGCUCAGGGGAAGAGAAAUACCAGAAUCCUUUGCAUGGUCAUAUAAGAGGAAGUACAAAACCGGGUAUAUUUGGCAGGAUGUCACCGACGAGGAUGACCUGAUCCCCACCACUAACCAUGAAUAUGUACUAAAGGGAUCAAUCAAAAUCACACAAAAAAUAAAAGAAGAGAAAGAAGCAAAGCCUGUUACAGAAAUGAACAAGGAGUCGUCGAUACAAACAUUAGCCUCAACUUCAUCUUCAAGGUCCCAGAAGGCUGAUGGAAGAACCGAAGUUUUCAAGGUUGAUGCAUGGAGGGAGGAUAUCAAAAGAUUAAAGAAGCAGAAGAAUGAAGAAAUUAUCAUGGAGAAUGAGAUGAAGUUUCGUGGAGUUGGAAGAAAGAAGGGAGAUGGUAAUGGUGGUUGCAAGUGGGGAUCAAUUAUGAGUAAUCUGCUGAAUUGCAGAACUGUUGAGAUGAGGGACUCUGUCAUUAGAGUAGCGGGCAAUCAGAGCCGGAGAAGAAGCAAUAAUAACAACAUUAAUUAGGUGUUUCUUUUUUUUUAACUUAAUUCAUAUGUUAAUUGAUCAUGAACAAUUAUGGUUGAUAUGAAUAAUAUUUAUAUAUUAA